CAAUGCCAACAGCGCAAGAGAGCAGAGCUGACAAAGCCUGUGGAAGACUUCAGUUCAAGGAUGUGGGGACUGCUCGCUGCUCUGCUGUUUUUGCCCCUUGGAUGUCUUGUGGAUGCUGCAUGUCCUCUGAACAACUCACAGAACCUGACUGGACCGUCCGGCAUGCCAUCUUUUCAGCCCCAGCAACCCAAGGUUUGGUGCCUGAAUUUCAGCGGCGAGUUUCCUGGUGCUGAGGUCAAUGACAGUGUGGGGAAUCAAGUGAAAGUGCUGGAUCUGUCCAAUAACAAAAUCCAAAGACUGCUACCAAGAUUCCUGGAGUCUGCAGCGAAUCUGAAAUCAUUGUUCCUUCACAAUAACACACUGAAGACCCUUCCUUCCCACCUCUUUUCCAAAACACCCAACCUGAAGGUUCUGAGUAUAGAGAGGAAUCAACUUGCCUCUCUCCCCAUUGAAGACUUCCAUCACUGCCUGGAGAAGCUCAGUGUGGACUGCAGCUGCAAUGUGGCUGGUAGCAUUUUUCAGUAUUGCUACGACUGCUCAGCCAGUGGCAUCAAAUGCCAGUGUUUCUCUUCUGAAAUGCUGGUUAAUGUAACUGAUUACUACACCAGCAGCUGCCAAGGCAUGGGCGUUAUUCUCUAUCUUGCCAUCAUGGUGCCUAUCUUGGUUCUGCUCCUGUUGGCCAUCUUGGCUUACUUUCUAAUCCAGAGGAAGAAAGGGGCCAAAAUCAACCAGGAAAAGCGGCCUUCCGACACAUCUGAAGGCACUUCCAGACAACCAAGGUACAUCAGCCACUUGUCCUCACCAGGGAACACAUUUCAGGACAUGAAGUUCCACAAGGACUAUGAGAACAUCUACAACGAUGAAUCUAAGUGCAAAGAGGGCAAAAUGAAAAGUGGGCAGGGCAACCACCAGAGCCGAAAACAGACAACAAAGAGGUGUCCAUCAAAAGGUGAGAACGUAAGUGCUUCUGAAGGCCAUCAGCCAAUCUAUGCCAAUACUCAGGAAGUAUAUUGCAACUAUAGUGGUGAACCUAUCCCGGAUCCAGUAGAAGAUGUCUACAUUAUUCCAGAUCAGUGACAUCUUGGCUCCAUCAACAUGGCUAUGACCAAAGAUGUCCCAAAACAUCUCCUGGGCCGUCUCUAUUGCAGUGCCCGCUCUUUGGAACACCUUACCCUCAAUUCGUUUGGCCCCAACUCUGCUGGGGUACAUUAUUGAGGACCUGGAUCUUCAUGAAUCUUUUGUAAAUCACUGAAGACCUGGAUGGGACCUAUAGGCUAGGUGAGCCCAUCACUGUGGCUUUCUUUGGCGUGACUAUGGUGAUGUGGUUGAGUGGAUUGCCCUUGGACGCCAUUAUGUUAUUAUCCUGUCACUGUUGUUUAUGUUGUUCAUUAUUUUUGUUUUGUUGGUUUGUAUUACCUAUGUUUGCCACCCAGAGUCAUGACUGUGAGGUGGGUGACUAUAGAAACUGAUAUAAUAAAUGAAUAAAUGGUCA